AUGUCUCCCAUAACGAGGGCGAUGGUGAACAGCGAGGACAAUAACAGAGGAGCAGGUGGCCGUGGUGGUCGUGGCGGUCGUGGCGGUCGUGGCGGUCGUGGAGGUGGCCGCGGUCGCAAAGGACAAGUUGACGUAGGGCAGCAUGAGAGCAAAAAAAGAAAGAGGAGUGUGCAGCAAGAUGAAAGUGAGAGUGAACUGGCCGAUAUUGCUGUCACAGUCCCCGAGAUUGGCGCCUUAACGGUCAACGACACCGUCCCGACCAGGGCGAGCAAAGUCACGGUUCAAAGCCGACAUUUUGUGGACCUUGUCCUUCGCCCUCGCAGGAUCCUCGAGGAGAAAAAAGAAACCCACAAGAGCCCAUACUCUCAUUUUGGGACCGCACCUCCCCCCGGAGGAGACUAUAGGGCCAUCGAUGGCUUUGAUGCAGCGCAAAUCUGGCUCUCCCUCUCUGACGACCAGGUUGAAGAAAUUAUCGAAGAAUACGUGAUUAUGAAGAACAGACGGGUUUGUGAGGCAGAAUACGCCUUAUUUGCAACGGAAACAUUCCUCCGAAGGCAGCGACAGUUUCUUCAGACUCCUUCAGACAGGAAGUGGCGUGCUGCGAGGAUUGUCCAGUUAUUUGCUCCGCCAGGGAAAUCCCCGCAUCUCCGCUGGAUAGCCCCGCCAUCCUUUGAAGAAUGUCCCGAGUUCAAAUUCGACUUACGUCUAGACUGUUGCUACUGGCUCUCCCUUGCCGGUUUCAAUUCUGAAUAUCGAGCCGAACUGAGUAAUACAGUGUAUCUCCUGGACGACGACUGGGGUACGUGCCCAUACUUCACCAUUGAGUUUAAGAAACACGGCCAGUCGAUUGAACAGGCCACACGGCAGGCCUGCGCCGCCGCAUCUGUUCCGCUCUAUAAUCGCUAUCUGCUCAAACAGGAGGCACUUGAGGUUGAAACAAAGGAGUGGACAGAUUCGGACAGAGCAGAGAUGAAGCAUUACAUCUUAACCUUUAUUGGAUUCCAGUACGAUAUUUGGAUGCUCCGUGCCCGCUUUUCUGAGGAUUCCAGUACCUGGGAUGGAUGCUCCAUGGUGAAUAUCUGUAAGUCGACGUGCGCGUCGAAAGCUGGGGUGCGGAGGCUGGAGAGCUGGAUCAACGAGAUUCACCGGUGGGGUUUGUCGCGACAUGCGGCUGGCUGCCAGGCUGAUGCGAAGACGAUUCUCAAUGACAACGGAAUCGAUACUUCUAUGAUAGAUUGA